AUGACAUCCAUUCCUUCCACAUCAACGUUUACAAAUGGCCAUUCGCACUCAAAUGGAUCAACCUCUCACAGUGAAAUAUCUGCAGAAUCGUCGUUUGACGGGAAUACCAGCUCACCCUCCUCGUCUGCUUACCCAACCAAUGGCUAUUCUCAGCCUCCCUUUCAAAACUCACAUAACGAGGAAAUUGUGAGCCAUCUAUAUCAUGCAGGAUUUCAAACAGGUAAUUACGCAGAUACGAUUCUUCACGUUCACCAAAAUGUGUACCGCCUUCAUGCCAUUAUAUUAUCGCGGUCGCCAUAUCUUGCACAUCUUAUGUCUACUUCUCCACAAACCACUGGGCAACGCAUCAUAUAUGUUCACUUAGAUCAGGAACCAGAAGUCACACAAGAAGUAGGUAUUCCUGUUGCUCUCUCGCUGGGCUAUCUUUACUCAGCAAUAUCUCUCAACCUCGUCCGUCCUGAGAACUCUCGAGCAGUUCUAGCAGCCGGUUGCUUACUAGGUGGCAUGGAUGAAUUGUGCCAAUACGCGUAUAACGUAUGCAGGCAAUCUAUGUCGGUGGAGACCAUCGGCAGCUGGGUUGAAUUUAUCGAUACAUUACCCUCAAACACAGAUGGUGCAGCAGCUCCUGACCUCCCUUCUACAUCAGUUUUUGGACGAUAUGCUCAAAGACUCAGAGAUGAUGUCUUCCAUUUCCUCGUGGUUACACUUCCCGAAGUCCUUGAAGUUCAAAGGCCACCGCAGGAUCCUUCUUCCGGAGCAAAUGGACGUGAUGUCCUUUUACAAAUUUAUUCGCGCGUGCCCUUCGAAAUGUUCAAAACCGCCGUUGAAUCACCCACAUUUUUGAUUGGCUCCGACCAAGCUCGAUUCAAGUUCGCAAAAGACGCCAUUGAACUACGCAAGCGAGGGAUUGCCCGGGGGCUUGGUGCUGAGGAAACCGUUGUUCUGGCCUUUGGGCAGAGCAACUUUGGUAACAGUGCUGUACAUAUCACGCGCAAAAUGCGCAAGAGACCAUUGUGGAAGGUGAACUCGUAG